AUGAAGCACAUCGACGAUGCUGUGAUUCCUGGCUCAGUGUACCUCGUUGAUGUGCAGGAGAAGUCAUCGCUCGCCCAUGCGGACGACAAUCCAGCAGUCGUGCUGCACCCUACGCCUUCAAAUGACGUAAAUGACCCGCUGAACUGGAGUAAGACACGCAAACUCACGCAGUUUACAUGCAUUCUUAUCUACACUACCGCGAUUGGCAUCGCAACGGCCGCGUUAUACUCGAUUCUUCAGCCUAUCUCAGAUGAUACCGGUAUCCCUCUGUCGACGUUGAAUGCGGGCACAGGAUACAUGUUUCUGUUUCUGGGAUGGGGGGCACUCGUAAAUCAGCCCCUUGCUCUGACAUUUGGUAAGCGCGGUAUCUACUUGGUUUCCGUCAUCGGCAGCAUUGCCAUGUGCUUGUGGGUUCCGUACGUGGGAAGUAAUGGGCAGUGGAUCGCGAGCAAAAUCAUUCAAGGUUUUCUCUGUACUCCCGUCGAGUCACUAUGUGAAGUAUCGAUCACCGACGUCUUUUUCGCCCAUGAAAGAGGGACAUACAUCGGCAUAUACACCCUUUUCCUAUUCGGAUCGAACUACGUGGCGCCCUUGAUCUCUGGCUUCAUCUUCGAUGGCCAGGGGUGGCACUGGGUCAUGUACUGGUGCGCGAUCAUCAACGUUACGAAUUAUAUUCGCGGCAGCAGCGAAGCGGAUGACGAGGUGUAUGGUAGAAGUAAGACCAAGAUCGAACUGGUCGGGACGCCGACGACCUUCCUGCAAAAGCUUGCAAUGUUCAACAAGCGUUACGCCAGCAACUCGAUGCUGCUGACGAUGAUAUACCGUCCGCUACUUCUGCUUCGGUUCCCGGUAGUUUUCUGGGCGGGCUUUCAGUAUGGCAGCUGCCUGGUGUGGUACAACGUCUUAAACGCGACGGCCUCGCUCAUCCUCAGCGGUCCGCCCUACAACUUCCGCGCAAGCUUCGUCGGACUAGCAUACAUCGCGCCACUAGUCGGCAUCACCAUUGGGUGCCUGUACGCGGGCUGGGUGGGGGACCGGCUCGCACUGCGAUACGCACGACGUACGGGCGGCGUGCGCGAGCCCGAGCACCGCCUGUGGCUCAUGCUUGUGUCAUGUCUGCUGUGUCCAGGCUCACUCAUCCUGUGGGGCGUCGGCGCCGCGAAGGGCGUGAACUGGUUUGGGCUUGUCGUAGGCAUGGGCAUGAUAUCAUGCUCGACGGGCAUCGGGUCGUCGCUCUCGCUGGGCUUCGCCCUGGACUCGUACAAGGAUUUGAGUGGGGAGGUGAUGAUGGCGGUGAUCAUCGUGAGGAACACAUUAUCAUUCGCCAUUGGAUAUGGGAUAACGCCUUGGCUCCACAUCGGAUACCAGAACACGUUCAUCUCGGCGGCGUUCGUCGGCCUUGCGAUCACGAUGACGUUCUUGGUCGUAAUUCGGUGGGGUAAGAGCUGGCGAGCCCGCAGCAGUAAGGCCUAUUGGGCAUACGUCGCGUCCGGAGCUGGCGUUGCGCACUAG